UAUAAGCCCGCGGAGUUUCCGCGUCCUGUGACUGCAGUCAGGUGGUGGCUGGGGUUCCUUUCUCCCUUCCUCCCUGUGUCCUGCUCUGUCUUCCCCCGCCCGGGGAGGGCCGGCCCUGCAGGGAGCCGGCUGGAGAAAGUUGGAGGAAAGUUGCUAGCUGGGAAAGUUUAGAAGCGGGAGAGUCGCGGCCCCGGCAGCCCGGCCUCUCCGCCGCACUCCACGGGAGGGAGGGCCGAGGAUGGCCGGCGGGGAAGGAGCGGGCUCCGGCGUGCCGGAGUGUCGGGAGCACCUCUUCAAGGUGCUGGUGAUCGGGGAGCUGGGUGUGGGGAAAACCAGCAUUAUCAAGCGGUACGUGCACCAGCUCUUCUCCCAGCACUACCGGGCCACUAUCGGCGUGGAUUUCGCGCUCAAAGUCAUCAAUUGGGACAGCAAGACCCUGGUGCGGUUGCAGCUCUGGGAUAUAGCAGGCCAGGAGCGCUUUGGAAAUAUGACCAGAGUAUACUACAAAGAGGCAGUUGGUGCUUUUGUGGUCUUUGAUGUCACAAGAGGCUCCACUUUUGAGGCUGUUACAAAAUGGAAGCAUGAUUUGGACAGUAAAGUACUACUUCCCAAUGGCAGCCCUAUCCCUGCUGUUCUUCUUGCAAACAAGUGUGACCAGAAGAAAGAUGGCAGCCAGAAUCCCUCUCAGAUGGACCAGUUCUGCAGAGAAGGUGGCUUUGUUGGAUGGUUUGAAACAUCUGCCAAGGACAACAUCAACAUAGACGAAGCUGCUCGAUUCUUGGUGGAAAACAUCCUUGCCAACUACAAAACCUUUCCUAAUGAAGAGAAUGAUGUGGGGAAACCAAAACUGGACCUAGACCCAUUGAAAGCAGAGAGUAAAUCACAGUGCUGCUAAUGCUACCACUGUUAAGUAAAUGUGAUGGAAUGAGCAGCAAGACUGUUCCUUAAAUCAAAAUGCUGCUAUGGUGCUGCGUUGUGACAAUCCAUAUGGGGUGUCUGGUACUAUCUGAAUUGGUGACUCGUUUGGGUGUUUACAUAUUCUUGUUUAGCAUGAAACUGUGUAUCUUGUGCAUUAUCAUUCCACUUGCUUAAGCGACUGCAUCUAAGUCUGAUUAGCAUCUUCUUACUUGAGAACAUAAGGUAGUGUUUAUACUCCUAAAAAGGAACAAAGACAACAUUCAGUGCUUCUAUGACAUAUGCUACAUUCCAAAUAGGACUCACUUGUCAAGGUUUUAGCUGAAUAGACACUUGCACCUUUAAAGUAAACUUUUCCUUUGUCACCAGUCAUGUCCCACUUUAGCCUUCUCACCUGCACAAUUGUCCCUAUUUAUUAUCCCCCACUGUGAGGGUCUGUCUCAUUGCUAGUUCUCCCGGACUGAAACAUCCUAGAAAUCUUGAAGGAGCCAAUGACAGAUGGGAGGUAUCUUUCCUACUGUGAUCACUAGGACUGAGUGGAAUAGAUGGCUUUUACCACUAAGUAAAACCAAGAUGGUUAAAUUAUUGUAUUUAACAAGGGAAAGACAUGGGGAGAUACUAACAAAAAUGCAUCUCCAGCCAUUUAAGGCAGAAUAUUUUCAGCUAAUACUUUACAUAUGAAACACAUUAAUGAUACAAUUGUACUGCUGGCACAUAGUUAUGGUAAACUCACCUGUGUGCACAUCCAGAAAUAAACAUUCAGUGACUUUUUCCUGCACUAAACACUGAAAACUUUACCAAGAGUGCAAAAAGUACAUACCUUACUGUCCUGUGAUAAUGAACUUCCUUCCUUCUUCUGUAUUGAGAUGGUUCUGAAUACCAUGAGGAAGGAGAGACGUCUUCAAGGAAAUAGCUUAAUUGGUUCAUGCUAGCCUGUCAACCCCCCUGCCCCAAGCUCUAUCUCUUUCAGUUUUAGAACGGUGCUGUGCUUUUUUGCCUACUUUGAACUGAUGAACUGGCUUACCAGUUUGUAACUGUAUACUGAGAUGCUUAUUUCUUUGUUAUAACACUCAUGCAUUUUUGGCAGCAUAUGAAGAUCAAAAGGAUUAGAGAGAUUUCAUGGUUCUUGAAUGCAUUCUAGAACUCUGGCUCUGCCUGGCUCAAAGGCUUUGAAGCACCUCUUUGUAUUAAGGGUUUCUUCUGUCCCAGUACCUCAUUGCUACUGACUUCAGAAGUCUUAUCUUGCUUGGUUUGAUGGUACUGAUGUAUACUUAAACAUCAGAAUUAAGAAUGUGCGGGAUUUGAUAUACUUUAAUCUGUAUUGAGAUUUCUUAGGCUUUUUUUCUAAAGAGUAAUGUACUUUUUAAGAGAUAAAUGAAUAAAUAUUUUGGGGCAUCUUAUGUGUGUUGUUGGUGUAUGCUUUUGAGAACAUGAAUCUUCACAUAUGUUCCACACUGCUUUCAUUGACAUUUGAAAACAACUUGAUUUUCUAUAAACUUUAUAUAUUUUCAACCUGCUAUGUUAAAGGUUUAUUUAAAAUUACCACUGUAAGGCUUGGCAUAGGCUAAAACUGAGUUUAAUUAGCUUAAGAUCCUAAAGUAAUUCAGAUAAAAGGGUUCUUAGGAUGUCUUCUAAGCCAACAUCUUUCUCCAAGCAAAGUCAUAGCAAUGUGCUUAGGUGUUCACUGGGUCUGGUCUUAAACCUUAAACAAGGGAGAAUGUAUGGGCCUGGGAAAGUUGUUUCAAUGCCUGACUGUCCCCUGAGCAUUUAACUAGUGUGAACCUUUGUAACUUUCAUUUAUGUCCAUGGUCUCUUAUCUUUCUACUGUACACCACUGUAAAGAAUGUCCUUUAGAUUUGUGCAGACUUAUUGGACAUGUAAAGCUUGAUUGCUCUUUUUUUCUUUUGAAAGCCUGUAGCAUUUCAGAAAGGAAGUUGCAUCCCAUUCAUGUUCCUUGCUUGCUGGCUUGUCUGAGUUGUUAACCUUCCCGGCUAACCUACCAUAAUCUUCUAUUCAAUCACUUGAACAACUCCAUUUAGGCUGUAAACUCACUCUUGAUAAGGUGUUUAAUCUCCUGUGUACUGUCUUUUUCUAAACUUUAAUUAAAGCUGCACAAAUGUAAAUGCCUGCUUUUACUGGGGAAACAGCAGUGGAGGUAGACUUUUUGUUUCCCAAACAGUUGUAUGUAAAUUCUAAACCUCUGCAUGAAUGGGAAAUACUUUAAAUCAUUCUUAGAGACACAGUGCCUGAGUAACCAUUUGAUAUAUGGUGAUAAAAGGAAAUAUUAGAAAUGUAGUAAAACCAUGUAUUGAAUGAUGGGACACUUUGCUCUUAAACUGUUGCUUCCUUAUCUUAAUGUCUUGCUACUGACCUUGAUUCUAAACAGAACACCUUAUUUGCUAUAGAAACACUGUUCUCUAAGUGUGUUUAUGCCUUCAUCCUUCAUAUGACGAAUUGCUAGAGGAUUGAAGAAAUGGGAUUAGCAGUAGGCCAGGAAUAAAAAUUAUAAUAAUAAAAUCCUAGAGAGAGAAUGAUUCUGAAUGGAAAUACAUCAUUCACUUGACAGUAUGCAAAAAGUCACUUCAGAGUUCUUUGUCCUGUAGGAAAAUAAUAUUGAAUAUAAGGAAUAUAGUAGAUUCAGAUCUAACUAUAUACUGAAGAUUAUUUGUGCCUGUAUUGUUUAUGGUCAUCACGAUGCUCUGUUUGUAGCUCAUUUCACUGCUUUAAUUUGUGUAAACAGGAAAAGUAUUUAGUGUAUUUUUAAAUACGUGAUUAUGGCCACUUUUUUUAUCACCACCUAAUAGAGUAUUCAGUCAGUGAAAACUUGUUGCUUAGACAUGCUACAUGGCUUUCAUACUCAUAUGAAUAAAUUUUACUAAAUGGUUAUUUUAUCAUUUUGCUCUGUGUAAAUACAAAAUUCUUUCUGACCCAACUACGCUAAAAAACCCUACCUUUCUUAGGUAGAGGUGGUGCUUUGGAUAGCUUUGGCUUGGUAAGGGUACAAGCAGAGGGCUAGCAUCUCUGUUGGUUCUUUCAUUCUUUUGCAAAGAUAUGUGAGACCACCACACUCAUUCUCUUUAUCACUGGGUAAAUUGUCAUUUGGCCUGAACUCUAAAUGAAGUUAAAAUAUGCAGGAUUUCUGGCCUUAUUGCCCAUGUAACUGGAAGUAAAAGGUAGCUGCUAUGUGUCAUGUGGCAUGUUAACAUUAAGGGACUUUAUUUGUCUUUUGCAGGUUCUACUUAAUGAAACAAAUUGUUCAGCCUUUUGAUAAAACAUACAGGCUUCUGGUUUUACUUUUUUCUCUUUUUCUUUUUAACUUGAACUUUUAACCUGCGUAUUAUCAUAACCCUUCUGAAAGCUUAACUGAUUGGUCUUUUGGAAAGCUCAUGGCUUCCUAAAGAUUACAGAUAGCAUGGACAGCCUGUUAACUCUGUUUCUAAACCCUCCUGCCCUUUACUGGCAUGUAUCAAAGCAGUAGCUGGUAUCCAUCCAGAAUAAUGGACUUUGUUUCUUGCAUUCAGAUGGGUAUAUUUUUUUAACAUUUUUGUCUCAGAAGUGUCCUAUGGACUGUGGUAUUGAAGUAGUGUAGUAUUUGGGCCAUAUUAUCCAUUUCUACUGUUCAUAAUAUGUCCAAGCGUCUUUGGUUAUAAUUAGAGAAUUUUAGUUGGCAGUACUAUCCCAGCAUUGAUGUAGCAAAAAGUCUACCCAUGAGAGUAGGAGCCCACACUGAAGCAAGUUUUCUCACAGGACUCGGGACCCUGUGGGGGACCUACACUGGAGCUGUCUGUUCCUGAAGGACUGCACCCCAUGAAAGGGACCUACACUGGAGCAGUUUAUGAAGUACAUGGGGAGAACUCACUGAAGAAAUUUGUAGAGGACUGUCUCCCAUGAGAGGGGCCCCAUGCUGGAGUGGGGGAAGUGUGAGGAGUCCUUCCUUUGAGAAGGAAGGAGCAGCACAGACAAUCUGUGAUGAAGUGACUGCAACCCCCAUUCCCCACCUCUCUGUGCCAUUAGGUGGAGGAGGUAGAGAAAAUUGUGAGUAAAGUUAAGCUGAAGGGGGGGGGGAAGGUGUCUUUAAGAUUUGGUUUGUAUUUCUCAUUAUCCUACUCUGAUUUGAUUGGUAAUAAACUAAUUUCCCCAAGUCAAGUCUUUUUACCGACAACAGAAACUGGUGAGUGAUCUAUGUCUGUAUCUUGAACCAUGAGCCUUUUGUUACACUUUGUCUCCUCUGUCAAGCUGAGGAGGGAAGUGAUAGAGUGGCUUUGGUGGGCACCUGGUGUCCAGCUGGAGUCAACCCACCACACCGGCAAACUACUUUGCUUGAAACUUAGAGAAUUACUGUUUUCAACUGUACUUUGCCUCAAGAUAUCCAAAAAUCACUGCCUUCUAGUAUUUAGUAGUUUACGAAGCAAGGACUUUGUCAGAUGGUCCAGUGGGAUGACAUUUUUCAUUGUGUUGUUGUUUUAAGCAGAAUUAGAUGAGACUCAGCAUAGUUCAAGUAGUGAUGGUGGAACUUGUUUAUACAUCUGAUGGCACAAGUGUCACAAUACCUUAUGUAAUUUUUGUGUUUCAUAAGUUAGAGAAUGUAAACCGCAUUGUAGUGGUUUGUUUGUUUGCUUGCUUGCUUGUUUGUUUGUUUUUUGUUUAGAGAAGAUAAUGUAUUUUUACGUCGAUUUGGUAGAUUUGGUAAACAAGUUUUAAUAUAUCUUGGAGACAUAUCAG